AUGCCGAAUCUGGACGAAAAGCCAUUUACCAGCGGAGUCGGAAUGGAGAAUGUGAGCGAGCUUGUGUUGUUGGUUCUGCCAAAGUCAAAGUCUCGUCACUCUAGCGUGGCGAACGAUGCACGGCUCUUUCAAGGAACAAGGAAGGCGUCAACGAAUAUGGCGAUAGGAGCGCGGCAACCGGAAGCUUGUUCAAUUUUUCAAAGUAUCUGUGUGCCAGCUCAGUCCAGUCGGGUGACUAGCUGGACGUUUCGACAUGCCCUACCCUGCACGCGAAGAGCUUAUCACCAACGGGCAGAUCAACAAGACAACGGUGGAUUAAGAACAUUCUACGGCACCUGGAAAUUGGGAGGCGUUGUCUGGUGUGUAUGGCUACCACAGAUGUGA